AUGGCGUCCUCGUCCUCGUCCUCGUCCUCGUCUCCGAAAACGUUUACCUCUCCAUCUAAAACCUCUUCGCCGCAAAAUACUAUGCCUGCACGCGAUCGCUCAGCGGGGCGAAACGUCCACAUCUACGACUUAAAUGAUCCUACUACCGUAAUUGGCGGCCUACGUCUCCUACCCGGUAUUACAAAUGCCAACUUCUAUGCAAUGAUAGAGAUCAUUGUUAUAUUUCCGAGCCCUUUCUCUCUACAAAAUGAGAACGAAACGACGAUCGAGCGAGACGACCAUCCACUUCAACCUGGAAAGUAUUACAUCGUUGCUAAAGGUUCUUUUGAGCUCAAUAAUGAGCCAUGGCUUGUACGGACAAUCAGUCUAGCUACCGGAACUCGUGUUGCUGCCUUCGCUGAGGCUAUUCGUUCACGAGAUCGUCAAUGUAUCAUAUCCGGAGCGCCUGUACCUACCUUUAAUGGAAUCUCCUUCUGGGACUCAUUCGAAGCUGCGCAUAUUUUCCCACUCGCCUACGAAGGUCACUGGAAGACUCAGGACUAUAGUCGAUGGAUUACAAUUCAACCGGAAAAAGGGGGAUCUAUCAACUCAGUACAGAAUGGAUUGUUACUGAGACGCGAUAUCCACAGUCAAUUCGACGCAUAUCUCAUCGCAAUCAACCCGGAUGAUAACUAUAAGGUUGUAGCCUUUGGGCCAGCGGGGGAAAAUAUCGAAGGUAGAUUUUUCGAGCUCGCGGCUCCGAUUCAAAGAUGGCAGCGACUUAUUCUUCUUCUCAAAACUGGGGCAAACGCCCUCUUCCAGAACUCCCUCCAAUUACUCCCAUCCCAGAAGUAUUUGCUGACCAUCCCCGCCUCUGCUCUCAAGGCCGCCGAGGAAGACGACAUCCUCAAGAUUAUUGAUCCCUCCUACGUAGCCUCGUACAACUGGUUGGCAAGAGUGAAGCCGACAAUCCUAGUUUCAGGAAGCCCUUCAAGAUGGGCACCUCCAUGCUCCAGCCUUAAGCCGGACAGAGGGACAUACUUCAGAGACAAGAACGCCUCCCAAUAUGCCGCAUAUUCAACGGAGCCUGCCGUUCGCGCCCUGUUCACGCUGAAACCUGACUUCGAUGGACAAGAGGUUGAUUUGUGUCACCUCGCCGCCAUUGCAACCACCACGACUGCCUCUCUUCACCCGCCUCAGUUUACUAGACUAGUAUCCCCUGGCGGGUCACACCGGGCACUCAAGCUUUAUUGUGCCAUGAGAAAACACAAAUCGUUCACGAGUAAGGCUCGCUCUGCGAAGAUCCGAUUUUGCGGUGAGCAAGCGAAGAAGGACAAUGUCGAUUACUUCUGGGUGGAUAUAUGCCGCAUAAACAAAGCGAACAAUACGCAAUACUUUGAAGCCAUCAACUCGCUGUCUCGCUAUUACCGCAAUGCCGUCAAGUGCUAUGUCUAUUGGACUGGGUCGAGGCUCUUGGCCAGAGACAUCAACUCGUACGGCGGUGGGCAUGGUGUUGGGGGUAACGGCUAG